UGCUUCUGUGAAGCAGUCCUGCGUCACUGUGUGCUGAGCUCCAUUCAACCCCCAUAUGUUAAAAAGCACAGGUGUAGUGGAAUCCAUGGGACCCAGCACUCCUGUGCUUUCACCUUGAAGAGCCAACAUGCCUGUGUCAUAUCACUGUCUUAUUUUAUCUUCUGAGCGACGAGAGGCAAACAUGGCCCAAGCACCUACUGAUCCGAGUAGUGCAGAAACUGCUGACCCAGAGGAGAGUUCUCCAAAUAUGAUAGUCUACAGAAAGAUUGAAGACAUCGUUACAAGGAUGCAAGAUGACAAAACAGGUGGAGUUCCCAUCCGCACUGUCAAGAGCUUUCUGUCCAAAAUUCCCAGCGUGGUCACCGGCUGA